AUGGGUCAGGCUAAUAUGACCCUUCCUAUUUUCCUAGUUUUUUUGGUUUCAAGCUCUGCCUUUUCUGAUCAUCCUCCAAAAAACCCAGAUAUGAUCUUGGGGGACAAACUGGAUUCUCUGCCUUAUUCAAGCCUUGGCGAGGCAAGCAGUCCAUGGCUGCUGCGCGUGCAAUCAGAUCUACCUAAACCAACCUUAUCAAUGCUUGUGGGUGGUAAGGGUGAUGAAGAUGCAGGCAUAGGCUUUCUAGAACAGCCUUUACUGCCAUCAACGGCAAUAGAGGCUAAUGGUGGUGCUGCAGGAAGUGGCGGCGAUGGAGAAAGCAACCUGGGAUCAAAGAAGGUUCUUCGCAGCCUGGUGAUGAUCAUGCUGAUUUUGCUAAUGAUCGUUGGAGAACUCGGUGUUCUUCCAUCCAGAAAAGAAACACGCGCUAUUGAUUCAUGGGCAACCAUGAGUUUCCACUAUUUGAGCUUCAAGGAGUAUGAUAUAUUGCAGUGUCUGGAAGGGAGCCCUGAGCAGCAUCCUAAAGUAGUUGUACUUGGCCGUGUUGAUAAAGGUAAUGGAAGAGGCAGUGGCACAGGUCAAGAUGGAACCAAAAGAUUCGGCUUAUUGAAGUUACUAAUUGCCGUGUUGAAGCCAAAGGAGGGAGUAAUGGUGAAGAGGAAGAGGAAAGUGGGCGUGGAAGUGCAAGUGUUGGGAGAUAUGAAGGUGGAGGAGGUGAAGGAGAAGGCGAAGGUGGAGAGACUGGUGGAGGAGUGGGUGGAGGGAGAGGCAGAGGCGGUGGAGGAGGUGGAGGUGGAGGUGGAGACGGAGACGGAGACGGAGAUGGUGAUGGAGAAGGAGGCGGAGGCGGAGGCGGAGAUGGAGGUGGAGGUGGAGGUGGAGGUGACGUGGAAGGCAGAGGUGGAGCUUCUGAUCGUCUUGAGUUGGAGAGUCAACACUGUGAACGAGUUUGGGAUGCCCUUGCUUUUGCCUGAGAAAUUGAGGAUUUUGAUGCCUUGGUUGACCCUCAUCAUUUGUUUGACUGCUGCCUUGGACCUGAACCUUCCAAGUGCUUUGAGUGCCUUAUUGAUCCAACACAGGCCAAGAAUUGAAAGAUUUUGCAGGGCUUAUGCCAUGGCGUCGAUGAUAUCUGCUUUAGCAAUACUUCUGUAUAUCACAGCUCUUUGGGGUUUCAGUGUGUGA